AUGAGGAGGGGUGCUGCUUGUCCAUUGGGUAGCAGCGCUUCCCAUGGGGGCUGCGUGCUCCCUUUGGGAACAGCAGCGCUCCCAUGGGGGCUGUGUGCUCCCAUUGGGCAGCAGGGCGGGCGCAGGAGGCAGCGGCGCGGGGGCGGCGCUGGGGCGGCACGGCUGGCGGCGGGCGGCGCGCUGGCUGGGCGUGGGCGGCACGCGGGCUGCGGGCGGGCGGCUGGCGGCGGUGCGCGGGCUGCUGGCGGCGAGCGGGCUGCGGGUGCUGCACCGGCUGCGCGGCGGAGGUUACCGCCGGCGGCGGCGAUGGCCGGGCGGCGAGCCGCCUGGAAGCGCACCGGUGGCGUGCUGGGCUGCGCAUUUUUGUAA